AAGGGACUCAAGUCAAUUAUGAAAGGAUUGGUGUAUGCGGCAUCUCAGGAGCACUAUGACGACCUGAAGAAGGCUCUGCUCGGGACAGUCGGGAAUAACGAAGAAAACCUGCUCUACAAAAGUUUUAUGAAGCACUGGGAUACGACUACUGCCGAGUGGGUGAUGUUCAAGCGUGGUGACGUCCCACACCUGAUGAACAACACGAACAACCGUCUGGAAUCGAAAUGGGGCCGCCUCAAAGAGGUUAUUGACGGUAGUUUCACUGUUGAUAAGCUCCUCUCCAUGCUGAUAACAAUGCAAGACUACGCUGAAGAAUGCUACCUGGCUGACGUCCAUCGUGUCAGCAGUCGCCCUCCCAUUGCUGAAGAUCCUGAGUUAACUGCAGUGGCCAUGCAGCUCAGCAACUACGCCUUCGAGAUGGUGGCCCAUCAGUACAGAUUGGCUGUCGGACCUCAGGUCUGUUACGACAUGGAGACGACACCAGAUGGCAAGGCGAUAGUGACAAAUCCAGCGACAGGCAACUCGCACAUUGUAGAUGCUCGGGUGAGAUUUUGGUUCAAUUUUGGUGGUUUGGUAAAUUUUCGGUGCUGUGACUAA